AUGUCAUCAGUUGCCGUGCACGUGGCUUUGCUGAGUGGUGAGCAGGCUACCAUUGUUCUGCCGUGGCUCGCUACGAUUGAAGAGCUGCGCCAAAUGGCCCAGAAGGAGGUCAGCAAGAGCCUCGGGAAACUCGUUAGCAGCUCAGGCGCCAUCCUGCUGUCAUCAGACACACUCCGGCAAGCAGGCGUUCAAGCUAACGAUGUCAUCACAGCUGUCGUUCAGGACGUGGUGAUAGCAGCAACGCUGCAUGCAUUUGCAGCCAUCCGCAGCAGUGGCACCGUAGUGGCGUGGGGAGACGCGGGCGCCGGCGGUGAAUGCAGUGCAGUUCAGCAUCAGCUGCAGAAUGUGCAACAGAUCCAGUCGUCGGCGUUUGCCUUCGCUGCUCUCCGGGCUGAUGGUUCUGCUGUAACCUGGGGGAGGCGUGAUAGUGGGGGGUGA